GCUACCAGUUAAGCUUUGUCGUGUCCAUCAGCAGGUCCACAGCUAUUGUCUUUAUGAGAUACGAAUAAAGUUUUAGAGGAGGAAAAAAGUCACAUGACCGCACAACAGCAAACCACAGCAGAGCAGGGGGAGGAGCUUAGUGUGUCCGCGCCGUACAGUCAGGACUGCUGUAUGACAAAGCCGGAGUAGCGUACUGAAUUUAGAGGAGAGACGCAAAAAAAGCACUGAUCCUAUCACGUUAGUUGAAGCCGCGAUGUGUUCAGCUCAGUAUCUGAGAGAGUUCAUCAAGGAGAGACUCACUGCUGCUUGUGAAGAAAUCUUCUCAGAGGUUCAAAAAACCAUCGUCCAUUACGAGGAGGAGAUCGACCGUCAGCGCAGACUGCUGGAUAUCAGCCGGAAACCCGACACAAAGUCACACAUCACAGAUAUGCCACAACAACAUGAUUGUGAGGAAGAGGAGGGUCUCACAAACCAACAGGUCUGUAACCAGGAGAGGAUCUUCAGUACAGACCAGGAGUACCCAGAGCCUCCACAGAUUAAAGAGGAGCAGGAGGACCCAGAGCUUCCACAGAUUAAAGAGGAACAGGAAGAUCCACAGCCUCUACAGAUUAAAGAGGAGCAGGAGGACCCAGAGCUUCCACAGAUUAAAGAGGAACAGGAAGACCCACAACCUCUACAGAUUAAACAGGAGCAGGAGGAACCAGAGCCUCCGCAAAUUAAAGAAGAACAGGAGGAACUCUGUAGUGGUCAGGAGGGUGAGGAGCUUGGACUGAAGCAGAAAGCUGAUGCCUUUAUGGUAACUAUUACUUAUGAGGAAAGUGACCACAGUGAACCAGAACCAAACAGUGAGCAGCUUCUUUCUCAGAGCCCUUCUGAAGCAGAGGUUAAGAAGAGGAUACAUUGCAGAAAGAGACGUCACAGUCAGAGAGUAGACAACACUCCUGUGUCAGAGAAUCAGAGUCAAACUGACACAAGGAAGAAGUCUCUACAAUGUGACACCUGUGGAAAAGCUUUCAUAUAUAAAUCCCACCUGACCAGACACCUGAAAGUUCACACGCUGGAGAAACGACAUUGUUGUAUCACCAGUGGGAAAAAAAUUGGUCAGAAAUCAGACUUGGAGCUUCAUGCAAGAAUUCACACUGGUGAAAAGUCAUAUUCCUGUAGCACAUGUCAUAAAAGAUUCAGGAAGAAGUCAGUAUUGAAUCAUCAUGCAAGGAUUCACAAUGGUGAGAAGCCAUAUUCCUGUAGCACCUGUGGUAAAAGAUUCCAUCAGAAAUCAUAUUUACAAAAUCAUUUAAAAAUUCACACAGGUGAGAAGCCAUUUACCUGUGGCACCUGUGGGAAAAGAUUCAUUCAGAAGAUAAACUUAAAAACACACAUGAGAAUUCACACAGGUGAGAUGCCAUAUUCCUGUGGCACCUGUGGGAAAAGAUUCAAUCGGAAAUCUGACUUGGAACGUCAUGUAAGAAUUCACACAGGUGAGAAGCCAUAUUGUUGUGGCACCUGUGGGAAAAGAUUCAGUCAGAACUCAACCUUGGCAUAUCAUCUAAGAAUCCACACUGGUGAGAAGCCAUAUCUUUGUAACAUCUGUGGGACAAGAUUCAUUUCAAGGAUACAGUUAAAGAAACACAUGAGAAUUCAUUCUGGUUAAAGGUUUCAUGCUCAGAAAAUGUGAGACAGCUGUGAGUUGUACCUGUGUGUUGGUGGUAGAGCUCACACUGAGCAGAAGUCAAAUCACUGCACAAGAUGAGUGAAAAGAUGACCCAUAUUCAAGCCAGUAUUUUCUGUGCAGAGCAGUAAAGAACUCUCUGCAUUGUUUAUUCAGUUUAUUACCUUGAGGCCUUUUUUAUAUGAAUUUUUAUACAGACGCAUAAAUUACGUGCAAAUGUUUGGUACCUUAAAAAUAUUUUUCUGACUUGCCUGUUCAAUCUGUUCUGACCUUGACUCUAUUUAACUCAGAGAGGAAAAGACUGGAAGAUAAGGUUGCAACACAACCAAUACCUUUUUAAAGGAACAAUUCAUGAAUUUAAGAACAAUGGAGUUCUCUUUUAUUAUUUUGAUUUGUAAAGGGCCCAGGUUGUAAUUUCUGUUGUGAAACGGUUACCUGUUGAUGUAUUAACUUAGGUUACAGUUAACUGAAAAUUUGUAUGUUAUGAUCAUUUGUACUCAUACUCAGCUCCUCUCAAACUUAGAGCGAGGUGUACUUACCUGGGAGUGGGUUACAUGUAUAAUAAA